AUGCUACGCUCUCAAGCAGGCCUCCUGACGAGGCCCUUACGGCUUUUGACAGCCUCGAAUCGAGUCCUGCCAUUAUGCAAUAGAAGACUCACAUUCUGCACUAAGGCCAGCGAUAAAGUUGAAAACACUUCUACCAGCACUAGCUCGGGGUCUUCGUCGAGCAGUAACGGCUCUACUACGAAUAAGAACAACAAACCCGACUUCUGGGCCGGUCCUAAGAUGCUCCUGUCAACUGUGGGCUCCAUCGGCGUGCUGUAUGUCAGCUACUACUUUUAUAAAGCCAACUUCGACGUGGAGCGAACGAAGCAGUUGUUGAAACAACAGUAUCAGCAGUGGCCCCUUUACCCCCCACCAGGGCCGUCUCAAGCUGAGCUCAUCACCAGAGUCGAUCAUGCUGGUCUCAAUCAGGAGAUGAUGGACACUUUAUCGACUUGGUUCUUAUAUGAAGAUAAUAGAAGACAGCACGGUGUUAGUCGGCAGUUUAUCAUUGAGACCUGUCGCGAAGUAUUGCAGCUCUUGGAUUCACCUGAUCGCAAUUUCGGUGACGACCUAAAUGCCAAAUGCGAUGCUGUUGUGGAUGACUUCGUGGCUCAAGGCGUUGGUCGGUCAGAUGAAGAGAAACGCUUGUCCGGAUGCACUGUGAACGAGGUUUCGAGAUUGCUAUCAGCUCUGUUCGAGAUUCAUGGUGGAGGUGAUGACAUCCAAGAGAAGGCGAAAAACAAUUUGAUUGAUGAGGUCAGCAGAACCUAUCGGGAGCAGGUGGAGAUGGCGAGAGCUUUUCAAGAUGCCAUCAAGUUCGAGCCCUUGCCGGACAUAUCCGAGGAUGAGGCCGAUCGGGCCGUAUUGGUGCUGGAGUUAGAGCAAUACCAAACAGAGUUGGACGAGGGGAAGUGUGAUGAUGGCAGAAAGCAGUGGUUGCAGGAGGAAAUAAAGGAAGUGAAGAAGUUACUCAACGAAAUGAAGAAAUAG